AACCCUAUCCGCUCAACUGCACACAUUCCGAUCCAAUCUUGCGAACCGAAGACAUGGCUUAUUCGCCGUCAAAUACCCCUGCCGGCGACCUCUCUCUUCCGUUGCCGAUAAAUUCUAGGUAGCAAUUUCCCCAAUUCCAGCGGCCAUUCUUCAUUUUUCAAGUUUCCGACCAUCACAAUUGCAUUCCAUUGCCUUACCCUUAUGGUAGAUGAUAUCUUUCGCCGAUCUCCACAAAUAGCUUUAUCUGUUACUGUUACUUCCUCUCCAACCCCAUGCCUGCAAUGAAGAAGAAUGCUGUGUGCUUCGGGAUUGGGCAGUUAUUCAAUAAAUUGGCGAAGGAGAUCGGAAGCCCGGUUGAUUUUGAACUUCCUGAAUCUUUCAAUAAGUGGAAACCGACGUCUUCUUACUCCACUAUCAGACGCAAUGUAUAUCUUACUAAGAGGAUUAAAAGGCGCCUUGAGGAUGAUGGCAUCUUUUGUUCCUGCAGUUCAUCAACCGGGUCUUCUGGUGCUUGCAGUAAAGAUUGCCUCUGCAGCAUGCUACUGUCUAGCUGUUCUUCGGGCUGUAAAUGUGGGAGCUCAUGUCUAAAUAAACCAUUUCAUCAAAGGCCCGUGAAGAAGAUGAAGACUGUGCAGACUGAGAAAUGUGGAAUGGGUGUUGUGGCGGAAGAAGACAUCAAUGUAGGAGAUUUUGUGAUAGAAUAUGUUGGAGAAGUUAUUGAUGACAAGACAUGUGAGGAAAGACUCUGGAAAAUGAAACACCGUGGGGAAACAAAUUUUUACCUAUGUGAAAUCAACCGAGACAUGGUUAUUGAUGCAACUUAUAAAGGCAACAAGUCUAGAUACAUUAAUCACAGUUGCUGUCCAAAUACUGAAAUGCAGAAAUGGAUGAUUGAUGGUGAAACAAGGAUAGGGAUAUUUGCAACCUGUGAUAUUAAGAAGGGCGAGUAUCUGACAUAUGACUACCAGUUUGUGCAGUUUGGCGCAGAUCAAGAUUGCCACUGUGGUGCUGCAGGUUGUCGGAAGAAGUUGGGAGUUAAACCCAGUAAACCCAAACCUUCUUCAGAUGCUGCUUUGAAAAUAGUAACAUGUCAAGUGGCUGCAAACUGUCCAAAACUGAAAGCAGUUGCGACAAAUAAACCUGUCAAUGUGAAUGGAGUUCCUGUCACAGCAGAAUGUUUGAGUCAGGAUCCUUCAAAGUGGAAAAAGAGGCGCCUGAAUUGCAUUGGUUCCGUAAUUAGAAUUGAUCAAAUAUCAGAUAGAAGGUCCUUCGGGAUAAUAAGACGCUUUGAUAAUGAUAGGAGAAAACAUUUGAUCAUGUUUGAAGAUGGGAAUUCUGAGUUCCUGGACCUCUCAAAAGAAGAAUGGGAAUUUUGUAAUUUUUAAAUAUGAUUCAGGGGAGCAUCGACUGUUUAGAGUAGAAGUUGGAAGAUUGUUUGUUAUACACACACAAUAGGUAUACUGUGAGCCCGUGAGGCCGUCUUCUAGUAAAUGUCGAUUUCCCAAAAGUUAGAUGAUAUUUUCUGUACUAAUGUCCAGUCCAAUAUGUUGUACUAUUAUGUACUUUGAUUGUAAUAGCAUAGAGUGUAAUAUUACCUAAAAUAUUUUUAAUUGAAACUACAUACUACUAAUUGAGUAUUGUCU